CUAAAACUAUUAUAUAAAUAUAAAUAUAAUAUAUAUAUAUAUAUGAUUAAAACUAUGAUAACAAAUUUUUUUUUUUUUUUUUCAACUUCCUUUGUUUGAUGAAUAUUACAUUAUUGCAAGAUAAGUUUUGGACAAUUAAUUUUUUAAGAUUUUAUUGUAAAUUUUUAGAAAUUUGUGUCAAGUUUUAAUUUUUUUUGUUGUGCCAGGUAUUUUAAUAUAAAAUUAACUCAAAUCCGAGUUUAAAAAUUUGAGGAUGAGUUGGACUCGAAAUAAGUAGUUAGGGUUGGAGGUCAGAUUAGGAUUUGAUCAUUUCAUAUGUUGGUUUGGAUCUAAGCUCUCGAGUCGUAGCCCUACAAAGGAGAUAAUUAUAAUAAUUUAAAAGAUAGGAAAGGUAAGUAUAAUAAAUCCCUUAUCAAAGGGAAGGUAAUUGCGAAAAAAAUAAUAAUAAUAAUGUUAGAUUAGUAAAAAUUAGUGGUUGCGAAAAUUUACCUUCUAAAAUUCCGUAUCAGCACUGUGAUUAAAAAAUAAUAAUAAAAAUAAAAAAACGUCUUUAAAAAGCAAAUAGGACCACCUGCCCCAAAUUCAAGAUUUCAAGGACACUUCUCCCUCUCCCUCUCGCUCCGAUAUUCGAUUUUCCUUCCCACUGGUGUACUUUGCCAUGAGACUUUGCUUCCUUUACUCUCUCUCAGGUUGUCAAAAAAGUUAACCUGUGGUUUCACAAAUGAGUAAGAUCUUUUUGUUUACAUUAGCUUUUUUUUUCCAAGUUAUUAGACGUAAUUUCCCUUUCGCUCCAUUAUUGUUUGGCUUCUUUUGUAGCAACCCUUUUAACAGUUUUUUUAUUUUUUAUUGUUCAAGUAAUCUAAUAUUUUGGAAAAAAAAUUCAUUCAGUUAAACUUAGUGUAUACUGUCUUUUUUGGUGAAAAUUGUUUAUCUUGCCGGUAUCGUUUUAGUUGAUUUUUUAAACCGCACUGUUCUGGGUUUUUGAUACGGAAACAUGUUUACAUUCAAUUUAUGAAGCUUGGUUCAUUAGGAAAAAAAGAAAAAAGGAUGGUUCGUGAAUCCAAGCUUGCUAGAGGACUUUUUUUUAACUUGAAAAAAUCGACGGAAUUGAAUGAAGUUUUAAAUUCUGAAGCAACAAGGAUGUGGGUUACACAACUUUUGAACUUUGAUUUCCCAAAAUUUGCUUUUUAAGCCAAAAUCCUUAAUGGCAUGCGGCAAAGGUUGAUUUUUACAGUUGAUCCAUAUAGAAUUUAAACCUGUGAUGCAUGUAACUUUUGUGACCAAAUUUUUUUUUUUUUUUAAAAUUAUAUUUUUUACUUUGUGUUUUUUUGGUGUUAAGCGAUUUAGUGGGUUGAGAGUUUGAUAUUGUGCGGUUGUAAUCUGGAGGAUUUGUUUCCUUGGUGGGUUGCCUUAUUGAUUGUGGGUAUAUGUUAGAAAGAAUGGUGUUGUCAAGUAGUUGGUGAAAUUAUAUGAUGGAAAUGGAAGAGAGAAGGAUGCCAUCCUACCCUUUUGUAAGAGAAGGAGCUUUCGGAGUGCUUUGAGUGAAUUCUCCUUUCUGUUGUUUCUCUGCUAGCUUAUUUUCUCUUCUUGAGAUACACUUCCGUAAAUUGUUGGUUCAAUUAAUCAUGUGGUUAGUUUGGGUUAUUACAAUUGCCAUGAUGAGAAAGUCACAAUUCUUGCAAAAAUGGUGGAUUAUGGUGCAGUUGCAAUGGUUUGGCUUUAAACAUUUUGAUUUUUUAUGUACUGAUGUUUGAAUUUCUGAAAGUCCUUUAUGAUUAACUCGCCUGGGAUAAUUAAAUCAAAAAGUUGAGGCAUCACAUAAUGUGUUUGGCUUUGGAGAGUAGGUUUCAUUUAGAAGCCUCGGACACUAUAGGUAAGAGGCGUGGUAUAUCAAACUAGGGAGUGGGUGUCACCAAAUGGUACUAAAAACUGCGGUCAUGAAAUUUUUUUGAUCUCACACACUAUGGCAUAAUUAAGGUGAUAUGGAAUUUGUAACUUCGGAAUCUUAGAUAUAUGGAAUUUUUAUUUUUAUUUUUUGUAACUUUCUAACGUUUUGUUAGAGUUUUUGUAAUUUUCUGGUUUUUUUUUUUUUUUUUUUAUAAAAAAAAAAUUGUACAAAACUCAAUUUAUGUAUAUGAUAAUCUAUGUGAAGUAUAUAUGUAGAAAUUACAAGUUACAACGUGAACAUUAUAUUAGAUUUCCUUGCAAAAAUAUCUGGGUAAUGCUGGUCAUUAUUUAUUUUCUUAUUUUUAAAAUUUCUGGUUCAAAUUCCUGUGUUGGCGAUUGUGAAACCUUUUUGCAUUCAUGAGCACACAUAAUUAUACAUAUUGCAUAUAUGCGCACACACACGCACACACACGCACGCACACAUAGUUGUUUGGUUGAUGAUUUCAAAAUCUUGCAACUAUUCGUUUUAUUUUUUUGCAGAGUUGAGGAAUUCUCUCGUGUAUGCUUGACCACGGGAUAUGUGGAGUGGAAAAUCUUGAAUGAUGAGAGGGGA